AUGUCUGAUCUACGCGCAGCAGUCUUUGUGGCAAAGCCAAUCCCGUUUGAGCGUGAUGGUGUCCCAGGUCACUGGUCGCCAACAUCCUGCACCUUGAUCUACGACUCUGAAAGCGCUCUCCUCGUGGACACGGGCAUCGACAUUGAACAGGGCAAGGAGCUGGGCGCCUGGAUCAAGAUGAUUGCGCCCGGCCGGAAGCUCGAGACCAUCUACAUCACUCACGGUCAUCCGGACCAUUGGCUUGGCGUGCCCUUGAUCUUGCAGGAGUUUCCUGAUGCCAAGGUCCUGGCCACGCCGGGGACGAUCAAGCACGCCAGAGAAUCCGUCCAUCCACCUGUCUUUGCGCAGGUCUGGGGCGCGUGGUUCGGAGAUCGCAUCUACCAACCCUUCACCUUCCCGGAGUCCCUUCCGGAGGAUAACAAGAUCCUGCUGAAUGGGAAGUGGACGCUCGAAGCCAUCGAAGUGGGCCACAGUGAUACAAACGACACCACUAUCCUCUGGGUCCCCGACUUGAAGCUCGUCGUAGCCGGAGAUGUGAUUUAUGGGCAGGUCCAUCAGAUGUUGGCGCUCGCCACGAAGCGAGAGCAGCGCGAUGAAUGGUUGAGGGCGAUUGAUAUCGUGGAGAGCUUGAAUCCCUCCUACGUGAUUGGAGGUCAUCAGCAGGCUGAGGAGGUCCAGGGUUCGUGGAAUGUGGCAGCCACUCGCAAGUACAUCCAGGACUUUGAGCGGCUGUUAGCCGAGGUUAAGGGUCGUGAUGGCAAACGCCAGGAUCUAUUCGAUGCGAUGAUCAAGCUCUAUGGCGAUCGAGCGAAUCCGAUGGUGUUGCACUGGAGCGUCGCUUCCUAUUUCGACUCAUAG